ACCACGUGACCAUGCUGAUGAUGACGACAUAUGAAGUUACUUUAGUCAGCUUCCUACUUCCUUACCCUGGCUUGGUUCUCUCCGUCAUCUUCCUUUCUUACGAUAAAAAGACAAAAUGUCCCACCAAACGGGCAUACAGGCUGGUAACGAUGUGAAGGAUGUCUUUGCCAGUGCAAGGAGUGGAAACCAAUAUCGACUCCUAAAGAUUGUGAUUGAGGAUGAGCAACUUGCUUUGGGCGUGACCAGGCAAGCAUCAAAGACAUGGGACCAAGAGUACGACUCGUUAGUCCUGCCUCUACUAGAGGACCACCUGCCAUCUUAUAUCCUGUACCGACUGGACUCCUCCAACAACCAGGGCUACGAGUGGAUCUUCCUGGCCUGGUCACCUGACCAUUCUCCUGUGCGACAUAAGAUGUUAUACGCUGCUACCAGGGCCACAGUGAAGAAAGAAUUUGGCGGAGGACUAAUCAAAGAUGAGCUCUUCGGCACCACAAAGGAGGACAUGUCUUUGAGGGGCUACAAGAAGUACCUGGUGGCCGAGGCAGCACCGCUACCACUCACUGCUGCCGAGGAGGAACUGAGGCGGAUCAAACUCAGUGAGGUGCAGACUGACAUCAGUGUGGACACCAAGCAGCAGACACUGCAGGGAGUGGCCUUCCCCAUACAUGGAGACGCUGUCGAGGCGCUGGAAAGAUUCAAGGACAAACGAGUCAACUACGUACAACUUGAAAUCGACUUUCCCAACGAGCUCAUUAGGUUGUCUAACACUGAACCGACCGAGGUGAAAGAUCUGCCCAAGAGGAUCCCCACUGAGUCGGCACGCUAUCACUUCUUCCGCUACAAACAUUCCCACGAGGGAGACUACCUGGAGUCCGCUGUGUUCAUUUAUUCCAUGCCGGGGUACAAGUGUAGCAUCAAAGAGAGGAUGCUCUAUUCUAGCUGUAAAAAUCCCCUGGUGGACUUGGUUGAAAAUAACAUGCAAAUUGACAUUUUGAAGAAGCUGGAGAUAGACAAUGGGGAUGAGCUGACUGGUGACUUCCUGUAUGAGGAGGUCCAUCCCAAGCAGCAUGCACACAAGCAGGCCUUCGCCAAGCCCAAGGGACCUGCCGGGAAGAGGGGCGGACACCGCAUCACCAGACCACCUGGAGAUGGAGAAGAGAACUAAACGAACAUCACCCCCCCACACACACACACAUGCUCCAUAAUGGAACAUUCCAAGUGAUCAUGGAGGGAAAGCUUAUUUGACGCAACCUUAAAGCCCAUCCAGAGACUGAACUAUGCACUCCAAAGGCCAACUUAGCUGAGACACACACUUGAGAAUGUCCAUUUGUAGCCUGUCAAAUUGAAAGUUCUAUGAGGGCGUAACUGCAUUUAUUCGCAAAGUAUUUUACUGAGCUAUUCAGAGGUUAGAACAAGUUGACUAGGAAAGGUUUUUACACUGUUGUUGCUGAGACAAAAAUAUGCUAGUGCAACUAAUGUGAAUUUGUGCCAAUGUGACGAACCCUCCAUGAGUUGUUCACAUGCUUGCAUUCCUCUUACAGUAGGUCAAUUUGUUAUGCGUUUCCUGUCCCCAAAGUUGAGACGUCUCCAUCGCUAUGUGUGCACAGCUAUGAAGAGGUCUAACCCCCCCCCACAAAAAUAUCAUAUUUGCUCACAUCAUUCUUCAUUUUUUUUGUGCAGUUUAUUUUUUAUAUUGGAAAUUGUUUUUGAUAUAAUUGUGGUUUACAUAAAACACAUCUGCUGUGAAAUGUACUUUUCUAUGCAAGUGCUGUACAUACAUGUGAUUUAAAGGUCUUGUCUGUACUGAUCAUCUAUCUAGUGUCAACGAGGGUCAAGUGACAGAGACAACAGGGGCUUCCAGUAUUUCACAUUAUUGAUGCAUCUCAGAUUACUCCUUCAGAGGAAGCUAAGUUGCAUAUUGUGUGCAUGCAAGGUGAGAGUCCCAGAGACUGGAAAGGGGAUAUCAAAUGGAAUUUGUUUCUGCCACAGUCACUUGUCUACUGAUUAUUGUAAGGCAAACCACUAGUUUAACACCUCAUAUUUGGACAAGGGAAUACCUUCUCAUGAGAAGUGUCGUGUUUGGUCUUAAGUUAAUUUUUAAAAAGGAAAAUAAAAAUAUUUAAAUCACA